AUGAAAUUGUUUUGUGGUGGUAGAGGUGGUGGUGAAAGAGAUGUAGGUGAAGGUGGUGGUGGUGGUGGUGAUGAAGGUGGAGGUGGUGGUUGUGGUAGUGGUAGUGAUAGUGGUGGUGGUGAUGAUGGAGAUGAUGGAGGUUGUGGUGGCGGUGAUGGUGUAGGUCGAGGAGGAUGUGGUGGUUGCGGUGGUGAUGGUGGUAGAGGAGGAGGAUGUGGUGGUGAUGGUAGUGGUGGUGGUGGUGGUAGUAGAGGUGAUGAAGGUGGUGGAUGUGGAGGUGGAGGUGUCCCAAAGUGGCUGUCACAACAUGCUUAA